UACAGACAAUAAAAUAACUUAAUAAAUUAGUGAAGACAGGCAACCAACAAAUCCACUGUGUGAUACAUUAUAAUGCAACCGUGCCUUAUCAUGGUAUCUAUAUAACUCAGCAGGACCACCGUAUGAUCUGUAUUGUCCUGGCAGAAAUAAAUUAGAGGAGAGAAUUUACCAGCACAAAUAUUACAAUGACUGCUCAGCUUGUGCAUGUAUGAACAGGAACUGUGACUAGGAGUCAGUUGAAAGCUCAUGCUUAAUGACCAUGAUCCUGAAACAACAAAGCUGCUCUCCUCCAAAGGGAAUGGGUGCGUCAGUGGCCCCGUCCUACAGGAGGGAAGAUUCAGCCGAGCCCCAGCAAUUAAACCUUUAAUAACAAAGAUUAACUAUUAGCUACUCGCCACAAACCUCAGUGGGAUCGUUACUUUUAGGCAGUCUGAGCUGCUGGAUGAAAUCUCAUUGUUUUAACCUUUGUUGUUAAAAAAACAGCUCAAGAUUUGUCUAUUCAAGCAAGCUUUGUCCCCACAUGUCAUCAUCUGAGAAAGGUUCUUGAUGAAUAAACGUUAAUCAUUUCAUAUUUGAGGUCGAAGGAGCACAAAGAAUAAACAUUUACUGUAAAAACAGAGAGAGCAGUCGUGCAUGUCCAGUUUCUGACUGGAGAGUUUGUGUGGCCAGCAGGGAGCAGCACAAGUCUGAAGCUGCUCUUUUUCAAGUGACUGAAACAUGCUCUUACCAGUCACCAUCUCCUAGUUUAUCACAUGCAGUGGUUUGUGGUGUGUGUGUGAGCGAGUUGAUAAAGGGAUUCUGUGAGCAUCUGUCACUGGGACAUUGAGGACAGAUCUGUCUGAGUGUCUCCACGUGGGUUUGGCCUAUUUGUUUUGCUCCAAAUUGUCGACCCAGCCAACCAUGAACAAACACUAUCUUUGAACACACUCUGAUGUGAGGGAGCCUCAGAAGCUUUCACUUGUCCCAACUUCCAGGCCACUGCUUCUUUUGUUAACCAACGAGCAGCCAGGCACGCUCUUUGAGCUGUACAUCAAAACUUUUCACAUGUUUCUAUCAUAAUCAUAAAUUACAAAGAGGAGUCUAUGUUUUUUUUGUUUUUGUUUUUUACAAACACCUUUACGUUUUCAUACGAAUAAAACAGAUGUUACAUCUAAAAAAUUUUGUGUGGGUUUGUGUUUUGGUCAUUGUUUCCCGAAUUGGAAUUAGUUAAAGGAACAUCCAUAAAGUGUGCGUCCCGGAAGACGUCCAGCCAGGCCAUUAAAUGAGGGAGAACUUCGGGAAGGGUGGCCCAAAGACUUCCAGAGAAUUGCGUGACGAAGCACUUUUCACUUUCCUGUUUGUCACACAAGGUGUUGAGUGUGAGGCUGGCUGCACACCGCUGGAAUCCACCCCAGCUCGUGUCUGACAGAGCUCAGGUUGUGAUUUUCACACGCGCGUCUCGGGGCUUCUUCUUGCCCAACUGCCGCCGCACAAUUCCUUGAAACGGCGGUGACGCAGCCACUUCCCGUUUGAGUCCGCCUCCUCAUCCUGAGCCGAGGCUGAGCAGGUCCGAGGUGCCGCUCGGCUCCUGGCAGAACGAACUCCAUUCGCCCCGGACGCCGUUUUUUUUCGGACCUCUGGUCCAGAAGUGGACGCAGAGCGCGCGCCGUGUUCCAGGUGACCUCAGAUGGAUCAAGUUAAUGAAUUAAGUUAAAGAUGAUGGAGGGAUCUGGACAUCCACAAUGGUCUGGUAAAAGAUCCCUCAUUGGCCUCUUACUGCUCCUCAUGUGCAUGACCUUCCCUGCUUCCACGCUGCAAGAUUCAGACGACCAUAAGUGUCCAAUUGGAGACUAUGACAACGACAAUGGGAUAUGUUGUAACAAGUGCCCAGCAGGUUUUAAGCUUGUAGAAAAGUGUCAUACUGUGGGCCACAGAAGUAAUUGCACAACCUGUCCGAAAGGUCAAUACAACGACCAGAUUAACGCUUCCCCUAACUGCAGACCGUGCAAAAUCUGCAAAGCAAGAAACCAUGAAAUUGAGGUAACAAAAUGUAAAAGAGACCAAAACGCUAUUUGUCGAUGUGAAGAUGGUUAUUACAAAGAUUAUAUUGACACAGAAACCUAUCAGUGCCUCAAAUGUACAAAGUGUGGACCUAAUGAAAAGGAAAUCCAAACAUGCACAGAAAACAGAGGCACUGUAUGUGGAUGUAAAGAGAACUACGAAAGAGUCAUGGGCAAAUGUGAACAAGUGAGCAGAAACAAUACCACCCCAAAUCCUAAGGCAACAAAAGGUUCUGGAUCCAAAAAUGAAAAUUUUGUGAAUUUGCUUGCUGGACCGAUAACUGUGGGACUUCUUUUGGUGAUUUUUAUCAUCUAUAUGGCCAAAAAGCAGCUUACAAUGAAAAGCAGGAGGAGGGAGACUCCUCUGUCCCAGCUGUCCAUUGUCUCCACUGACUCCUGCCAGCAGGCCCUCAUCCACAACAAUGAACCUUCAAAGAACAGCAAUGUGACAUCCGUUGCUGAGGUUCAUUUGACUGAGCCGGAGCCGUCCAGUCUGCCUGACUGCGUCCCUCUGGAGAUAAAAAUGUCUGAGGUGAUCUACACGGUGCUGGAUGUGGUUCCUGUGCCGCAGGUGAAGCAGCUGGUGCGAUCUCUGGGUCUGAAGGACACUGAGAUCGAACAAGCUGAGAUGGACCACCGAUGCUGCAAGGAGGCUCACUACCAGAUGCUGCGGGUGUGGGCCGAGAAAGGCUCGCUCGCAGCCGGAGGGGGACGAGGUGGAAUGUUACACCGGCCGCUUUUGGUUGAGCUUUUGGACAAACUGAGACAGAUGCACCUGGGUCGGGCUGCCGAAGAACUCGAGACAAAGUAUGGCAUUCACUGAUCCCGCGGCGCCCGCCAGCACGCAUGAACAGACCAAGUAUUGUUCGCCAAUGGGGACCUGCUCGUGGACGGGCUAUAAAUGGACAAGGUGCUACAAUCAAACUGAGACUGAGGACUCGACUUUUCAUCACUGUAAACAUCCCCUCACUUGUGAGCAAAGACUCAAACCUCUCACACAUGUUCACAGAAAUGGAGCUUAAUGUAAAACACAGAUCCUUUACAGCGAGACACACUCCAGCUGAGAGGCAGGGGUGAAGGCCGAUGUUUGUACAGCGACUGUGAAGCUGCAGCUUUCAUCGCCUUAGCCUAAAGCGGAGAAAUAGCUGGCCUACCUCGGCUGAAAGGUAACGAAGUCAACCUACCGACAUCGUAACCCAGAUGUCUUUGAUGAACAAGUCAGCUGUGGUUUUACAGAGAAUUUCAGGGGAGUGACAGCUUUGGAGGUGCUGGCAGUGCUUUAAGGGUUCUUUACAGUAAGAUGUUAUAUUACAGUUUUCUUCUCAUCUGUGCACUUACUUUAACGUGUAAAAACCAAGGCUCUUUUUAUGUGAAAUAGAACAAAUGCAUCGUCAGUCUCAUCAGGAAGAUGGUCAGUUUCAGGAAGUCGGAAACUAACAGUGAUGAGCAACGGCUGAGCCCACAGCUACAUGCCAACCAAGUCAAAAAGUUCUAUAUGCCUGUCUUUGCAUUUUAGUUCAACAUUGUAUUUUCAUAUAGCUUUAUAAUUUUACAAAUUAAUUUUAAAAAUUACUCCUACGUUAUCUUUUUUAGGUCACCUAAGCUACUCUUUUACUAUAUUGUCACUCAUCAAAGGUUGGCUGGGAACAUUUUCAAGCAUAUAUUUUUUUUAAAAGUUGUUUUCAUAGAAAAGUGUCUCAUUAAAUGUUGGCUUUUAAACCAGUGUCAUAGAUUUUAUGAGUAAUAAUUUAGUAACAGCAGUUGUGUAAAGAAGUGAACAUGGUUGACUCCGUUUGAAUUGGCAAUGCUUGGGGAAGUGUGUACUUCCUCCUCAGUGUUGAUCAGUACUGUAACACCUUUCAUAGGCCUUUCACAGCCCCUUUGCUGUCCUUCAGACCCCAUCAUACCAGCAUUAUUCGUGACUGUUGGAGAAAAGAGGACACUCCUCAUCUCAAUCUGCCUCAGCCCGGCAGUAAUGCCCGAUUCAAAUGAGUCAUUAACACUGAGGAAGUGUGUUUCCGAAGAACUCUCAAGACGUCUGUCCCUGUUUUCCAUUUUUGAUGAGUAAACAUAUCUCUUUGAAUAAAUUUUCCACCAGUCUUUGUCUGAACUGUACCAUGAACUUGUCUGAACGUGAACGUUAGGGCGUGACGAAAAGAGUGAGAAAAUGUUUGCGGAUGUUAAUGGAUGUUAAUGUUAAUGUGUCUAACUGCAGACACGCUGCCAAUCUGCAUUCCAGCACGAGGCUCAAAACACCUGUGAUUAC